AUGGAGAACGAAUCGCCGAACGUGCCGAAUCGCCGGAACUAUAUAAAAUUGAAUGUUGAGAAAAGCCUUCGGCUAAUUGCCGAGGUGGAACGACGGCCUGCUUUAUGGCAAAAGCGGUCGGAGUUCUACAAAAACGGUAUUCGGCGAAGGGAUGCGUGGACCGAGAUUGGUGGACUCUUGGACCUCACCGUCGAAGAGGCGAGCUACCAGUGGAGGAAGCUGCUGACCAGCUACAGGACUUAUAAGUCCAAGCUGCGUAAAAGUCAGCAAAGCGGAGCAGCGGCUGAGGACGUCUUCCACCCAAGAUGGUUCGCCUUCGACGCGAUGAGGUUCCUCGAUGAUACCAUGAAGGACGGCACGCAUCUCGAUACGCGACCUAGAACAAGACACCUCCACCCAAGCCCACCCAAUCCCUUCUUGUUCCUAUUCCUCAAUUCCGCCCCAACCAACAAUCCCAGCACCAACAAUCCCAGCACCAACAAUCCCAGCACCAAAUCCAGCACCAACAACAGCACGAACUACAGCACCAACUACAGCACCAACCCCAGCACGAACUCCAGUACCGAUCCCAGCACCAAUCCGAGCAACAACAACUCCAGCACCAACCCCAGCACAAACCCCAGCACCGACCCCAGCACCGACCCCAGCACCAAGCCCAGCACCCACUCCAGCGAUGGAAAAUUAUUUGUCCAUGUUUGGCCAGUGGGUGGGGGCAUGGUUAAUCCAUUUACCACCAGACCAACAAAACGAUGCCACUAAUCGUUUGCGGCAGACGAUGCUGGAGUGGGAUCUGGAACACAAUAAAAAAUAAAAUAAAAAAAAUUACAAAAACA